AUGCAUAUCGAUAACGAUGUCAAGAGAAAUCACGAUGAUGCUGAGGAAAGUCAACCAUCCGUCGCAUCCCAACAAACUUGGACAGAAGCGGAAGAGAAGUCUGUCGUGCGGAAGCUUGAUAUGACCCUUAUGCCACUUCUGGUGCUCGGCUUUUUCGCGCUCCAGCUCGACCGCAGCAACAUUAGCAACGCCUUGACAGAUACGCUCACAACCGACCUCAAAAUCUCCAAGGACGAUGUCAACCUCGGAGACCAACUAAUGAUGGCGGGCAUCAUCAUUGCCGAAAUCCCAUCCAACCUCUUGCUUCAGAAACUUGGCGCUCCAAUCUGGCUGACCGGCCAGGUUCUUAUUUGGGGCACUGUGGCCUUGACGCAAGCUUGGAUCACAAACGUGCAUUCGUUCUUUGCCACUCGGUUUCUUUUGGGAUUCUUCGAAGCUGGGUUCAUACCAGGCGGGCAGUACAUGUUGGCAUUGUUUUACCGGGAGAAGGAAUUGGCGUUACGGACGUCCAUAUUCUACUUUGGCAACUAUUUUGCGACUGCUACUGGCUCGUUGAUUGCGGCCGGUGUUCUCCAGAUGGGCGGGAUCGCGGGCUUAUCUGGCUGGCAAUGGCUCUUUAUCAUCGAGGGUAUCUUUACGCUUUUAGUCUUCAUCAUCUUUGUCUUAUUCCUCCCUCGAUCACCCAUACACACCAAGCCGAUCCACGGCCGAUUCGAUCUCUUUACCCCGCGACAACGCGAGGUUAUGCACGCACGCAUCCUCCAAGAAGACAUCUCAAAGACUGAGGCGCAUGCACAAGUCACAGCUCGAGGGGUUCUUGCCGCCCUCACCGACUACCGCUUAUGGCUUCAUCUGAUUCUCAACAUGGUGUCUCUUGCUCCCAAGGGCGGCCUUCAACUCUAUGGCCCCACCAUCAUUCGGAGUCUGGGUUUCAGCAAGAUUCGCGCCAAUCUCCUCAACUCCGUUAGCAGCUUCUUGGUCGUUGUACUCAGUUUUGUCAUCGCUUGGGCUUCGGACAGAACCAAGUUGCGUGGCCCAUGGUGCAUGGUCGCUUUUCUGUGGAGCAUUACCUUUGGCGGCGCACUAUUCGGAUCAGUAGACAAGGGCAAGUGGACGAAGUAUGCUCUGUUUACUCUGUUAAGCAGCGGGAAUGCGUUGUCGCAAGGCCUCAACGAUGCUUGGCUGAGUAUCAAUAUUCGGUCCGCUGAGAAGCGUAGCAUCGGCCUGGCAUUAGUGGUCAUCGGCAGUAAUGCUGGUGGAUUAGCAGGGAAGCAACUCUUCCGCGAGAGCGAUGCGCCCAAGUAUACACGUGGAUUUCUUGCUAUCGUCCUUCUGUAUAUAGUGUCUCUGCCGGUUACUGGUAUUAUAAUGUGGGUGUACUGGCGGCAGAAUAAGAAGAUUGAUAGGGCAGCUGAAGAUGGACCAAGCAUAGAUGACGAAGGCACAAGACAGCGUUUUCAAUUGUAG